CCCGUCACUUCCUGCUCGGCCCGAGAAGGCCCUGCCGGGCGGCGGCGGCGGCAGCAGCGUCCGAGCCAUGGUCGCGCUGGAGAACCCGGAGGGCGGCUCGGAGGCGGCGGCGGUGGGAAGCGCCCCCGGCGGGCGGCGGACGCUGCCCCUUCCGGGCUGCCUGCCCGCUCUAGCUGGCUCCCAGGUGAAGAGGCUGUCAGCAUCCAAGCGGAAGCAACACUUCAUCAACCAGGCCGUGCGGAACUCAGACCUCGUGCCCAAGGCCAAGGGGCGGAAGAGCCUUCAGCGUCUAGAGAACACCCAGUACCUCCUAACGCUGUUGGAGACAGACGGGGGCACAGCUGGUCUGGACGAUGGGGACCUGGCCCCCCCCGCAGCACCCGGCAUCUUCGCAGAGGCCUGCAGCAAUGAGACCUACAUGGAGGUCUGGAAUGACUUCAUGAACCGCUCUGGGGAGGAGCAGGAACGGGUUCUCCGCUACCUGGAGGAUGAGGGCAAGAGCAAGGCACGGAGGAGGGGGCCCGGCCGCGGGGAGGAUCGAAGGAGAGAGGACCCAGCCUACACACCCCGUGAGUGCUUCCAGCGCAUCAGCCGGCGUCUGAGAACUGUCCUCAAGCGGAGCCGCAUCCCCAUGGAAACUCUGGAGACCUGGGAGGAGAGGCUGCUGAGGUUUUUCUCUGUGUCUCCCCAGGCCGUGUACACGGCCAUGCUGGACAACAGUUUCGAGAGACUCCUGCUUCACGCCAUCUGUCAGUACAUGGACCUCAUCUCAGCCAGUGCCGACCUGGAGGGCAAGAGGCAGAUGAAAGUCAGCAACCGCCACCUGGACUUCCUGCCACCAGGACUGCUCCUGUCCGCGUAUCUGGAGCAGCGCAGCUGAUGGGCGCCCCCCCCUCCCCCGCCCCCAGCCUCCCCUCCCCCAGGCCUCCCGUGCCAUUCGCUAAAGUAUCUUUAUUAUUUGGAGGAUUUGUCCCUGCAGACGUGCUCUACCCCUGGGGGGGGGGGCUAUCACUCUGACCCCUUCCCCGCCCACCUCUCCCAGAUAAACGCGGGGCCCUGGCCCUCCACACCGGACUGUCCUGGCCUUGCAGCUCCCCGCUCCGGGACUCGAGUUUGAGCGAGGAGACCCGGCCUGGUCACUUCCGUGUUCCUUCUUCGUUCAGCUUUUUCGGCCCCGUCUGAAACUUAAGCAAGGAGCGACAGGCUGGGUUUUUAUCACUUUUAAUGAAUUUGGCAUGAUUUGUUGUAGAUUUUUAAAGUUCCCUUUUGGGAAGAAAAACCAAAAACUUGCCCCAACUGAUAAAUCGGGGGACUUUGUUCCAGUCCCUGUUUGAUCCUCCCCCAUCCCCCAGCUUUUGGCUUGGAUGUGGGGGGGGGGGGGGGCCUGGGGCUCCGCCCCUUUUUCCAGGUGUGUUCUGUCGUGUGUGCCUGCGCGUGUGCCCCACGCCCUGGGACAGGGGCUGCAUCUUAAAGGCUGGUCUUGCCACCCUUUUGGAACAUGUUUGACCUCCACGGGUGGCUUUUGGUGGCUCUUGGGGCCCCAUUUGCUCUACACACCUCCUCCCUUCAUCCUGCGGGAUCAGGACUUCCAGCCAGAAGCCUCUGCCCUAGGACUGCCCCAUUCCCCUGUCCGUGUCCCUUUGCCCUUCCCCUAGCCUAGCUCUGGCCUGUUGCCUUGGGCUGACCUCUCACUGGCCACCCUGGCAUGUCCCACAAGAGCAGGGCUGGGGGACCCUCCCGUGUGUGUGUGUGUGUGUCUAGUUGUGCUUUGGGAAAAGUGGAGAGUUCAAUAAAUUUCUGGUGCUCUGGUC